UCUGACAGAAUAAACGGAAAAGACGUGUUUUCAGCGCAAAAAUUUUGGAUCACUGUUUUAAAGUUUUUUCGAGAUUCUGACACUGGUUACUAUUCGAUAGGCUAGGAUUAGACUCAAGCAGUGAAAUAAUAAAAAAAAUUAGACAUAAUGAGGAUUUAUGUCAUGCGAAAUCAUGACAACCCAAACAACAACAAACAAGGGCCUUCUUCGAGACAUUGAAAUACAGACUGUUAACAGUGAAUACUUUUUCGUAAAAGUAGAAUUUACCAGUAAUUUUUUUCUUGUAAAAUAUAAAGCGAUUUUUGUGCAAAAAUGUAACAACAAUGAAAGGUAAAAUUUUCAAAUGCGGAUAAAAGAAGUUCGAACAAGUCGUGUCGAACAUUUCUACGGUACGAAAUAUUGGAAAGUAUAACAGUACAUCUGCUGACCCGACUGAGACGCAAUAUACGCUUACAAUACUAUAUGGUCACUAGAGCGUUUUAGUCUAGUAUUGUACGUUAAGUAUCGUGGGUCCACUUAUCGAAUUUAUAUUACGCCUACCAUUGACUCAUAAAAUUUUUGUUCAAAACCGACAUGCAGAAAUUCAGCGAUUUCUUAUACGGACGUGUGCAAAGUGACUGCGAUACAAAUAAACCAUUCAAAGUCCUACUUUACUUCUAUGCCCUGAUCGGUAUAAAGGUGAAACCACAUGGCUUCUUGCCCACAAUGCAUAUGGUGUUCACUUCGAUUGCGUACGCUUUUACGCCAUUUCUAUCUAUUGUGGGCUUCUUACGGUUCCAGAAAACAGCAACUGUAACAGAGUCUCUUUCAGCUUUACAAGCAUUUAUCAAUGCUGUAUUUGCCUCAGCAAAGUCAUUCGCGGUGUUGGUGAGCUUUAAGCGUUUUCAAAAAGUCGAGCCGAUAAUGAAAAGUUUAGAUGAACGCUAUAAUAUGCCACAAGAGCGUCAGCAAAUAACUAACUGUGUUGCAGCUUGUACGCGCUUAUAUGCCUCCAUGGGAUUAAUCUAUUACUUAUAUGGGAUUCUUUGUGUUAUAACAUCGUUAACAUUGCAUAAGCAACCAUUUGGUGGUUGGUAUCCCUUUCUCGAUUUGAUUACCAAUCCAACGGUACAUUUCUAUUCAUGUUUGACAUUCGAAUCGUGUUAUUUGUAUUUCUUACUGACGGCACAAUACUUGCAUGAUAUGUACCCCACUUUAUAUAUGCGAACAAUACGCACACACAUACAAUUGCUAAGAGGACGUAUCAGCCGAUUAGGUGUGGACCCCGACAAGAGCGAUGAUGAGAACAACCAAGAAUUGAUCGACUGUAUUGCUACGCAUCAGCAAAUAUUACAGGUGGUGGACAUGGUCGGCUCAGUUUGUUCACCAACCAUUUUUAUGCAAUUUGCUUGUGUUGCUCUUGUACAUUGCGUUUGUAUGGUUAACAUUUUCAUAUUCGCCGAUACGCUUAAUAGGAUCAUUACGAUAUGGUACUAUCUUAUGGUUGCAACACAAAUCUUACCCACCUGCUAUGAAGCAUCGACGCUUGCGAUGGAAAGCACUAAAUUGCCCGUCUCAAUAUUUCACUGCAAUUGGCUGGCUUUGGAUAAGCGUGGCCGGAAGUUGAUUCUCUUCUUUAUGCAGCACUCUCAAAAGGAAGUUGCUUUUAUUGCAAUGCAAUUGUUCCAAAUCAAUAUGCGAACAUAUUUAUCGAUUGCAAAAUUUUCAUUUACAUUAUACACAUUUGCGAAUGAGAUGGGAUUCGGGCAGAAUAUAAAAGAAUUCGUAGAAUAAAAAGGAACAAAAUAAUAAUAGUGGUGAAGCGCUGUAAGGCAGCCGAAUUUCGAAAUAGACCCUUGAAGUUGCAUUUGGAAAGUGGAAGUGUGAUCUAUCAAAGUACAACAUUAUGGAUAAAAAUUAAAUUUAGUUUUGCACCACUUUUUCAGCAAUCACUCCCUUUUAUCAUUAACUAAAUAUUUAGUGAGUAGAAAAUAAAGUUUCUAAAUAGUAAUUGACGUUAGCGCUGUGAUGUUGUUUAUAAAAAAGUAAUGAAUUGUAGAUGAUUUUUUUUUAUUAGAUGAGUAAAUCCAUUGAAAUUUUAAAUAAAUAUGAUCUAAAAUUUUUAAAAGAAAAAA